GUCGUAACAACAACAUGGUGGGGUCCUCCUGAGCCUGUUUUUCUUGCUAGAAUGGUGCGUUAUUUUUACCCAGUUUGGAUGAGUUUAGCGUUGGUCGGCGGGGGGCUUCGCGUCCAGAGUUCCUGCGGGGCGGAGCGGGACGCCGUAGCCGCUGGAGGAGAGUCCAGCUGCGGCUGUGACAAGCUGAGGAGAGCCGCUGCUGUGGAGCCCGAGCAGGACGGGGCAGCCCACGCAGAGCCGGCGUGGAAAUACUCCCGAGGCGAGAAUGAAAGGACGCCCGAGGCCCACGGAGAUGGAAAGAAUGUACAAAGCCUGGUAUGCACGCGUUCCUGUUUAAUAGAGACGAGGGGGAUGGUUUGGAUUUCUGGAGGAGAGUUUCUGAUGGGAACAGAUGACCCCGGCAUCCCCGCAGACGGUGAGGGGCCUCAGAGAGUGGUCUAUGUGGACUCCUUUUACAUGGACGCCCUGGAAGUAAAUAACCAGCAGUUUCAGAGCUUCGUCAGUGCCACGGGAUACAUUACUGAGGCGGAAAGGUUCGGAGACUCAUUCGUGUUUGAGGGAAUUUUGAGCGAGCCUGUCAAAAGUCAAAUCACCCAAGCAGUUGCAGCCGCCCCCUGGUGGCUUCCAGUCAAAGGGGCCAAUUGGAAGCACCCCGAGGGUCCAGACUCCAACAUCACAGGCAGACUGGAUCACCCUGUUGUACACGUGUCCUGGGCCGAUGCUGUGGCCUACUGCUCCUGGGCCAAUAAGAGACUCCCCACAGAGGCAGAAUGGGAGUAUGCGUGCAGAGGUGGUUUGAAAGACAGACUCUACCCCUGGGGGAACAAGCUGAACCCAAAAGGAAAACACUAUGCUAACCUGUGGCAAGGGGAUUUUCCAACACACAACACUGGAGAAGAUGGGUUCAUCAAAACUUCACCGGUGAAGUCCUACCCUGCCAACGCUUUUGGGCUGUAUGACAUGGUGGGGAAUGCGUGGGAAUGGACCUCAGACUGGUGGACUGUGCACCACACGGCAGACCGGCAGCACAACCCAACGGGCCCUCCUUCAGGUUCUGACAAAGUAAAGAAGGGAGGGUCGUACAUGUGCCACAAGUCUUACUGUUACAGAUACCGAUGUGCCGCUCGAAGCCAGAACACUCCAGACAGCUCAGCCUCUAAUCUUGGUUUUCGCUGCGCCUCUCAGGAGAAGCGAUGACCUGGUCUUGAACAGAGCGCCCUUAAAAUGCUGCUUCCUAACCCUGGUCUUUAAUCCAGGGGUAAUGCAUUACACAAAUGUUGAAAUUUGGUGUUAAUGUUUUUAUUGUUCAGCAUCUGAGGAUGAUUUUGAAGAAAACAGAGUAUUCAGUUGCAGUAGAUGUUUGAAUUGAUCUCUAAAGUUUCAAAAUCGGUGAAUAAUUGCAUCUGUGUUUCUGAUUGGAUUGUGAGUGUGGCGCUGUAUGAUUAGUUACUUGGGAUUUUUUUCUCUCAACUGAGUGA